UAAUAUUAUCCGCUUCACUCGCGUAAACCGAUUGGGUUUCCCUCCUCAACUGUGAAGCUGCUGAGCUGAGAGAAACCAAAAAUGGAACUCUCUCUCUUAGACCACCCACUCAAGCCCACCUUCUUCCACCACUCUCUCUCCGCCGCAGCCACAGGAAAGAGACAUACAUACAGGAAUGCAUCGUUAUUGCGCUGCCGUUGUUCUUCAUCUUCAUCGUCAUCGUCAUCGUUAGACAGAUCCGUACAGAAAUUGUCGUUGCCGAUUGAAGGAAGGAGGGCAUUUAUGGGUUUUCUCCUUUCUGCAGCUGCUGGAAUUUCCUUAUCUGAAGCAGCUAAUGCAGCAAGCAGAAGAGCUCUGAAAGGAGCCAAAAUACCUGAAAGUGAAUUUACAUCCCUCCCGAAUGGUCUAAAGUACUAUGAUUUGAAAGUUGGCGGGGGAGCUGAAGCAGUAAAGGGAUCUCGGGUUGCAGUGCACUACGUAGCCAAGUGGAAAGGCAUCACAUUUAUGACCAGUAGACAAGGCCUCGGUGUUGGUGGUGGAACGCCUUACGGAUUUGAUGUUGGUCGAUCUGAGAAAGGAGCAGUUCUUAAAGGAUUAGACUUGGGAGUUGAAGGCAUGCGGGUCGGAGGCCAGAGGGUACUGAUAGUACCUCCUGAGCUAGCCUAUGGAAGCAAAGGGGUACAGGAAAUUCCUCCUAAUGCAACAAUCGAGCUGGAUGUCGAACUACUGGCUAUCAAGCAAAGUCCGUUCGGGUCUGCCGUUAAAGUUGUUGAAGGAUAAUUAAGUUUGAUCUCUCCUUAUGAACAUAUAAAUAUGUGUCAUAUUAUUCAUUCAAAGUUUAUCUCCAUACAUUUUUGCUCAUGUGUGUGAAUUGUGAUAGUUGUGUGAAUAUGCUCCAAUGAUUUUUACUGAGUUAUUUGUAUUUCUCAUUUUGGACGUCUAUAAUUAAAUUUUAAUUAUUAA